GCAUCACCUGAGCCGAUCUGGAGCAUACCCUGUCCAGGUGAGGUUGGGAAUACACAGUCGAGAGGACGAAUUCUUGCUGCUGCCAGCUGGACUUGAGCUGCAUCAUGAAACCUUGGCUUCUGCUUCUCCUAGCUGGUCUCCUCAUUCUUUCUACUCAACAGACAUCAGCAAAAAUCAAAAGACGUCAUUACCAACUAGUCAAGCUGGGGGAGUGUCCCAUGUUCAAAGUCCCUCCGGACUAUUAUUGUUACCAAGACUGUGUCUGGGACUCCGACUGCGACGGGAAUAAGAAAUGCUGCCCAGUUGGAUGCGCCAGACACUGUUUCCCCCCAGGACCACUCUCCUGGAAGGAGGCUGAUUUCUUGAGCAGCACCAUGAAGGCCAAGCUCCUCGUCCUGCUCGCGGUGAUCCUGCUGGGGACGAUCUCAGCUGAAGAUGAGUGUGCCGUUACCCUCUUUAUGCCUGUAAAGGAGGCUGCCAGAUCCGUGAAAGUCAGCAGCCUCUACACAACCUCUCUGAGAUGCCCCACCCAAGAGCUCAUUACAGGAAGCCACCAGCGUCCACUGCCAGCAGCCAUCCAUCACAACCAUGGGGAACUCCUUGGAGGUGUGAUGUGGCCGAAAGCGCUGCCCAGUUUUAUUGCAUCAGGCCCAGGGCCACCCCAGGCGCUGACCAUCCUCCUACUUCUCCUCUGGAAAGCCCCGGCCGGGCUGAGCAGGGCCCAUGCCAGAAGGCUGCAGGAUCCACCGAGGCUGAGGAACCCAAGAGCUGAUGCCCAGCAGAGAGCUGAGAGCCGCUUGCUCACCCGUCUCCUCCCUCCCCUCCCCUCCCCUCCACCCUCCCUUCCCCUCUGCCAGCCACACCUGGGAGAGCUUAAAGCUUGGCCUGAGGCAGGCCGGAUCCCACAGCUUCCUUCAGGCACAGCCACCAUGACGUCCAGGAGAGGCAGCUGCCCCCUCCUCCUCUUCUCCCUGGUGGGGCUCCUCACGACCUGUGCUCAGGAGCCUGACACGGCUGGACAGAACACCACAGCAGUCGCAGAGAAAGUUGGCACCUGUCCCCAGGCUGAGUUGGAGAUGCCCAAUGGGAACUGCACAGAGGAGUGCCAGUCUGAUGCCCGCUGUGAGGGGAACCAGAAGUGCUGCCGGACAGGAUGUGGGACUUCCUGCCAGAUCCCAGACGGGAAAGCCGGGUCCUGCCCAAAUGUGGACUUGCCCAUCCCACCUCUGGGUCUUUGCAGAAGCACGUGUAAAACGGAUUCAAGCUGUCCAAACGACGAGAAGUGCUGCAAAAAUGGCUGCGGGCAUAUGACUUGCUCACAGCCCAGGCCCUGAGAUACAGCUCAGGCUGGGGAACCCGAUGCAUUCACAGGACUGGACUCUAAAGAAAGGAUCGUGACACCCUUGGCCUCCUUCCUGCCCAAGCCUAGCCAACCCUCUAUGCUGGAGACCCUCCACCCCUCCCCUCUUUUUCAGUAAAGCUCUCGUUUCACACAGCA